AUGGACAACAAAAGACUGUAUAACGGCAACCUAUCCAACAUCCCGGAAGUCAUAGAUCCCGGGAUCACGAUUCCAAUUUAUGAAGAGGACAUCAGAAGAGAUGUGCUUUUGAACGUAAGCCCUCGUUCGGCGGGCGUGUCUGACAAGCGGGACCGUUCGAAUUGCGCUUCCCCACAGAAAAUUGGCUCGUAUCGUACUCGCGCUGGCAGGUUUUCAGAUACUAUAACCAACCUGUUACCUUCCAUUAGUGCAAAACUGCACCAUUCAAAGAAGGCCGCUACAGCAGUCGUUGCUCCUCCUGCUAGUAGCACUCCGGAGAGCUUGAAUACGACCACAUAUGCUCCAAGAUUGUCUAAUGAUUCUUUUACAAGAGGUACGCCACUGUCACUGCAGUCUACUACAAGCCGGACCCGAACAAGAAACAACACAGUAUCCUCGCAAAUGACAGCGAAUUCUUCAUCUACCAGCGGUGCGGGUGCGGCCAAUACCACGAAUACAAACAUUUGGAGUACAAAUACAGAAACUAACACGUCAUCCAGCCCUUUGUUUGAUUAUCCCCAUGCUACUUCCUAUUUUGAGCCAUUGACCAGAUUUAAGUCCACCGAAAAUUAUGCCUUGCCUCAAACAGCUCAGUUGAACAGUUUUUUGGAAAAGAAUGGGAAUUCGAACAUAUGGUCGAAUACAGGCAAUAACACAGACUACCUCAAUACUCCCAUAGUUAAUAGACAGCGUUCGCAGUCUCAAUCAACUAUAAACAGGGUAUACACAGAUGCUCCUUACUAUCAACAACCCGCGCAAAAUCACCAGGUUCAAGUGCCUACCAUGAUCCAAAAUAGCACCCCUCAAUCGCUUGUUAUUCUUGACGGUGUUGAUCCAGCCUCAAUCAACUGGAUUACCACAAACCAAAACGUUCCAUUGAUCAAUCAAAUAUCUACGCUUUUGCCCACUAAUACAAUAUCUAUUUCGAAUGUAUAUCCAUUGCAACCCACUCAACAACAACAAAAUACUGUAAACCUUACAAGUACUUCCCUAGCGACAUUGUGUUCGCAAUAUGGCAAAGUCCUCUCGGCAAGAACGCUACGUGGCCUAAAUAUGGCUUUGGUGGAAUUUUCUACUAUAGAAAGUGCAAUUUGUGCCUUGGAAGCCUUGCAAGGUAAAGAGCUUUCAAAAGUAGGUGCUUCUAGCACUGUGUCCUUUGCACGGGUUCUUCCUAUGUACGAACAACCCCCAAACGCCAGUGCUUAUAGUAGCAAACCAAAGCAGCCUUUAUUGCAGGAACAACUGAAUAACGGAGUGCUUAAUUACCAGCAGCAACAAUCAGAACAGCAGCAGCAACAGUCAACCUCAUUUAAUCAACCCAACCUUUCAUACAGCAACCCCACCCAAAAUAUGAGCCAUUUGCAAUUGUCUUCGAAUGAAAGUGAACCAUACCCCUUUCCAUUGCCUCCACCAUCAUUAUCUGAUAAUGAGGUCAAUCUAUUAAAUACCAUAAAAUCAUUUCCAUUAGGAUAUGACCAAUUAGAGUUGAAUCAUCUGUUAAAAAAUGCGUUGAAAAAUAAGGGAGUUUCUAAUACAAACGAUUUUGGUCCACUACCUGAACACAACUCUAAACUUUCUAAAAAGAAGAGCUUUUUCGAUCCGCCAAAACUGCGUGAGUUAAGGAAACAAUUUGAUUCAAAUUCAUUAUCUAAUAUAGAAAUCGAACAGCUUGCCAUCGUCAUUUUAGAUCAAUUACCAGAAUUGAGUUCAGACUAUUUGGGCAAUACCGUUGUUCAAAAGUUAUUUGAGAAUUCUUCAGAUAUAAUAAGAGAUAUUAUGCUUAGAAAAUGUAACAAAUACUUAACAUCUAUGGGUGUCCACAAGAAUGGAACCUGGGUUUGUCAAAAGAUUAUCAAAAUGGCGAAGACACCAAGGCAAAUCAAUCUUGUGACUUUAGGUGUCAAAGACUAUUGCAUCUCACUUUUUAAUGAUCAAUUCGGCAAUUACGUUAUUCAAGGUAUCUUAAAGUUUGGUUUUCCCUGGAAUAGUUUUAUUUUUGAAAGCGUUCUGUCUCAUUUUUGGACAAUAGUGCAAAACAGAUACGGUUCUCGUGCUGUAAGGGCUUGUCUCGAGGCAGAUUCUACCAUCACUCAAAGCCAACUGUUGACGAUAAGUUCGCUGAUAAUUGUACUCUCCCCUUAUUUGGCUACAGAUAAUAACGGUACUUUAUUGAUUACUUGGUUGUUGGAUACCUGUACAUUACCCAAUAAAAACAUAAUCCUUUGUGAUGAACUGGUUAAAAGUAAUUUGGUUAAACUAUGUUGUCAUAAAUUAGGUUCAUUGACAAUCUUGAAGAUUCUAAAUUUAAGAGGUGGUGAAGAAGAAUUAUUAUCCAAGAAUAAGAUCAUCCGUGCAGUUUUUGAUGGCCCAGUCUCUAAUGAUUCUAUCUUAUUCCAAAUACUGGAUGAAGGCAACUAUGGCCCAACAUUCAUUUACAAAGUUUUAACCUCAAGAAUCCUUGACAAUAAUGUAAGAGAUGAAGUUAUGACUAAAAUCCGUCAGCUAAUUUUGAACUCUACUAUCAAUUUACAAAGCCGUCAACUGCUGGAAGAAAUUGGAUUAUCAUCAUCUGGAAUAUCCCCCAAGCAAUCCUCCAAAAGUCACCGUAAACAACAUUCUCAAGGGUUCCAUUCUCCUGGGCGUGCAAGAGGAGUCUCGGUUUCCAGCGUGAGAAGUUCAAAUUCAAGACAAAAUAGUAUCAUACCAAUCAAUGCUGCUAGUCCAGCUCCAAUUUUGAACUUUAACCCGGUUCCGAUGAGUGAAAUAAAUUCAUACUUUAAUAAUCAACAGUUAAUGUACCCUGGGAAUGGAAAUUCAAACGCAAAUACUAUGUCUAAUGGGUACGAGGACUUAACACCACACUUUGACUCACUCACAAUCGCUAAUGGAACAAAUUUGUCUUUACCGAUAAUCAACCUACCAAAUGGUGCACAGCAACCAAAUAACAACGACAGUAAUAUCAGCAAUAAUACUAAUAAUAGUACUUGUUACUCAAUGAACAUGAAUCCUUUAAGUCGCUCAGUGAGCCACAAUAAUAAUAAUUACAAUAAUAAUAACAAUAAUAACAAUAAUAAUAAUAAUAAUAAUAAUAAUAUUAAUGCUAAUGGUAGUAUUAACAAUAGCAAUGUUAACAAUAAUAAUGAUACAAAUUUGUCCCGAUACAGGUCAUACGGAUAUUAA